AUGGCUACACAAACCGAAUCUGAAUCGGCCGAGCAUAUCAUUCCCUUCCCAGAGCCGACCGUCAUUCCCCCUCGAAGCAAUCACACUCACACUAUCAUACUUCUCCAUGGUCGAGGUAGUAACGGUCGUGACUUCGGUGCUGAGAUAAUCACCACAAUCCUAUCUGCUCCAGGUGCCGAUAAUACUCUCCCCAAACGCUUCCCUGGCCUCAAGUUUAUAUUUCCUUCCGCAAAAAUAUCCUAUUCAGCUCAAUGGGAUAUACAUCUUGCGCAGUGGUUUGACCGUGGCCCAAUUGGUUCAACAGCCAAAGAACAUAAUGAUUUACUCUACGCAGGGCUACGAGAGUCAACGCGGUAUCUACGGACAAUAAUCGACUCUGAAGUUGAGCUUGUUGGCGCGAGCAACGUUAUUAUUGGAGGGCUGAGCCAAGGUUGUGCGCAGUCACUUCAUAUUUUACUCAGCUAUGCAAAUGAUGAGCAUCGCGCCUUGGGUGGACUGGUGGGUAUGAGCGGAUGGCUACCAUUUAAAGAACAAAUAGCUGGAUUUAUCCGGAGAGACCAAGGAACACAAGAAGGAGAAAAUGAGGAAGCCAAAUCGGAUAAGGGGUCCCCGCGCUCUGCAGCUCUGCAAGCUAUGAAUUAUGUUUGUCAAUCAGUUUUGGGCCUACCCCCUAUUCCAGCAGAAGCUGCGGAAGCUGCUCUGUCUACCCCAGUAUGGCUUGCCCAUGGGGGCAUGGACAAGACUGUGAAACCAGAACUGGGGGAGGCGGCGGCACAAACGCUUGAACAACUUGGCUGGGAUGUGACCUGGAUGUUUUAUGACGAGCUUGAGCACUGGUUCGCUCCAAUGGAGCUGGAGGACAUGGCUAUCUUUUUGAGCACAAGAGUUGACAUACCCGAGGCAGGUCAGUAA